GCCUUGCCCGUGAUCCAGUAACGGAACACACCCGCGAAGAUGCCUGCUGUAUCCACGGGGGUGAAGGAGCUGUAUCUCUCCACAUCACUGGGAGACCUCAAUAAAAAAGCUGAAAUUAAACCAGAGAAGACGAGCACCAGAAGCUAUGUGCAGAGUGCCUGCAAAAUCUUCAAGGCAGCAGAGGAGUGUCGUCUUGACAGAGAUGAGGAGAAAGCUUAUGUGCUGUACAUGAAAUAUUUAACUGUUUAUGACAUCAUCAAAAAACGAGCAGACUUCAAGCAACAACCGGAGUAUUAUAUGACCAUGCUUGGUCCAACCAGCUUCAGGAAAGCCAUCGAAGAAGCUGAAAAGCUCUCUGAAAGCCUUAAACUCAGGUAUGAGGAAGUUGAGGUUCGAAAACAACUUGAGGAGAAGGAGAGACAAGAGGAGAAGAAAAGGCAAGAGGAAAUGUCGGCGAAAGAGAGUGGUCGGGCCUCUCCAAAAGCAUCAUUGAGGAGCAAAGAUGGUAAAAAGGUUAAAGGUGAACAAAAUGAACUAAAGAAUGCACCCUCCAAAGCUGCAGUUACAACUGGUGGGAUCACAGCUGAGAAACUUUUUUACAUGAUGAGGGACCAGACAAUUACAUUAAUCAUCAUGGAUGCACGCAGUCACAAGGACUUUGAGGAGUCUCACAUUCAGGUGUCAGCCCAGACCUGCAUAAGCGUGCCAGAGGAAGCUAUUCACCCAGGAAUCACUGUGACUCAGAUUGAGACAAAGCUGCCUGAGAUGUCCAAAGAGCAUUGGAGGCGACGAGGAUUUGUGGACUACAUUAUACUGCUGGACUGGUUCAGUUCUAUCACUGACCUUACACUGGGCACGACCUUGCAGAGCCUGAAAGAUGCCCUAUAUAAGUGGGACAGCAUUACAAUCCUGCGUAGUGAACCACUGGUGCUGGAGGGGGGCUAUGAGAACUGGCUGUUGUUUUACCCUAUGUAUUCAACUAAUGCAAAGGUUCGGCCCCCUAGAGAGAACAUUAUCAUCACCCAUCCCCAGUUGAACUUCAGCUACCCAUCCCUUGAGGAACCAAAGCCCCUGAUACCACCCCAUGCAGAGCCUGAGAUCACACCUGAGCCUGAGGAACAUUCACCUUCUGUGCUGGUGAAUGGAUUUGCACCAGCAGAACCCCCCACAUCAAAAACCUCAGAGAUUGCAGACAGGUUGCCAGACGCUGUCGACCCACCUUUCACUGGAUAUAAAAGUUCAGUUCCAGACCCAAAUAAGAAGUUACCUGCAGCAGGUACAUGCAGCCAGUCACCUGCAGCAACCAAGGCCUUUCCACAGUUUGACCGGAGCAAGAAACCUUCUGUAAGGGUCUCAGAUGACCCUAAGACCAGCCAGAAUGGGACAGCAAAGGACACCAGUCACAAUUACCCCAUUAUCCCUGAUCGCUCGGUAAAACCACCCUUCUCUUCUAGUGGUUCUCUGUCUAAAGAGGAGCAAAGCCAGAUACACUCCGAGGCAGUGGCAUUAAUGGAGAAGGCCCGACAAGAGCAAGAGAAGCGUUUACAUGAGCGCCGUUUAGAGGAGGAGAGGCACGAAAAAGAAUUAAAAGAGGAGGACUUGGACAAAGCGAAGGAGGAAAGUGAUAAGAGAAAGAAAGAGGAGGAGGAGAAGAGACAGGAGAAAAAAAAACUGGAAAGGCAGAAGGCUGAAGAACAAGAAGAGAAGGAGAACAAGGCUUGGGAGGAGAAAGAGAAGCGGGGAAAGGAGCAAAACACUGACAUACCUUCAAAGAGCAUGUCUCUGGAUUCACCUGCUCCCAAUCAUAUUGUUACUGAAAUUAAGAGGGAGCCCCUAACCAGAGCAAGGAGUGAGGAGAUGGGUAGGAGUGUACCAGGCCUACCGGACGGUUGGAUGAAGUUCCUUGACACAGUAACAGGGACUUAUCGAUACUACCAUUCCCCAACCAACCGAGUCCAUUUGUACCCACCUGAGGUCACUGUUCCCCAAACCCCACCUUCCACACCUCCAGUCAAACAGAAACCAUCCCAACCCGCUGAGCCAGAUGCCAACCGUGAACAAGAGAGGGAACAAUCUAAGCUGAAACGCUCAUACUCGUCCCCUGAUAUCAGCCAAGACCUGAGAGAGGAGGCACAGAGAAAAGCCACUGCCCAGACCCCUGCUGUUAUACCCACCAUCAACAGAAAAAACAAACCUGACAGCGUCUAUUCUAAGGUUGCACGGCCUUCAGCUGCCAAAAUUCGCAACUUGAAUCCUUCAUUUGGAGGACUGGGCGCAUCACUGACUGGCCUUCGUAACCUAGGAAACACAUGUUACAUGAACUCAAUCUUGCAGUGUCUGUGUAACACUCCAGCAAUGGCUGAUUACUUCAACAAAAACUACUACCUGGAUGACAUUAACAGAUCCAACAUCCUCGGCCAUAAAGGGGAAGUGGCAGAGGAGUUUGGCGUAAUUAUGCAGGCCCUAUGGGCUGGUUUGUACAAAUGCAUCAGUCCACGGGAUUUCAAGAUUACCAUAGGAAAGAUCAACGAGCAGUUUUCUGGAUAUGACCAGCAAGACUCCCAGGAGCUGCUGCUGUUCCUUAUGGAUGGGCUUCAUGAGGACCUUAACAAGGUAGCGGACAACAGGAAACGGUACAAGGAGGAGGACAAUGAUCAUCUGGAUGAUCAGACGGCAGCUGACGUGGCCUGGAGCAAACAUAAACUGCUGAAUGAGUCCAUCAUCGUUGCGCUUUUCCAGGGGCAAUUCAAGUCCACUGUACAGUGUCUGACAUGCCACCGCAAGUCAAGAACAUUUGAGACCUUUAUGUACUUGUCGCUGCCUCUGGCUUCUACUAGUAAAUGCUCAUUGCAGGAUUGUCUGAGACUUUUCUCCAAGGAAGAGAGGCUGACUGAUAACAACAAGGUGUUCUGUAGACACUGCAAGUACCACAGAGAUUCCACUAAGAAACUGGAGAUAUGGAAAGUCCCACCCAUUGUCCUGGUGCACCUAAAACGAUUUUCCUAUGAGGGUAGAUGGAAGCAGAAGCUACAGACAUCUGUUGACUUCCCUCUUGACAAUCUGGACCUUUCUCAGUAUGUUAUUGGACCCAAACAGAACCUAAAGAGAUACAGCCUUUAUGGGGUUUCUAACCACUAUGGGGGUUUAGAUGGUGGACAUUAUACAGCCUACUGUAAGAACGCCCUCAAACAGCGCUGGUACAAGUUCGAUGACCAUGAGGUAUCUGAGAUGUCCACCUCCUCUGUCAAAUCCUCCGCGGCCUACAUCCUAUUCUACUCCACGCUGUCUACCCUGUAACCCUGUAAAUCACAUCUCUGAGGACCUGGUGCACUCAGUUUUUGUGGGUUAACUAGUUGUGCGUAUGCACACGAGGACGUACUGGAGCAAGCGGCUUUAAGGUCCUGACUGUUGCAGAUCAGAGAAGGACACAGGCACACUGUGCAGUGCUUCAGCUACUAAAGGAACUUACAGCUGUUAAAGCAUCACUUCUGUUCAUAUGAUCAUCUAGAGACUUAAUAGAUGCUGCUUUUUCUCCGUCUCUGCGAUGAUGGAUGCCUUGUGGGGCUGACAGCUGGUUCAGGCACUCUUUACUCUCAUUUGCAUUGCGCUCCAUUACUAAUUACCAGGCUUCUUUUACUGUGUAUACACCACGGUUAACAGUUAGAUGGCUUGUCCAUACCUACCGAUGCUGAUGUUGCACAUUUGGAUAAGUAAGUACUCAAGGGAAAGUUGUUUAUCUGUUAAGUGACCAAAAUGUUUUUUUUUAAGUAGCAGUCAUUCUAGAGUUACCUUAUUCAUGAUAACAACCUGUGUGUUGUAGAAGUUGAACUUCACAGCCUUCACAUUUAAUGCGGAUGUAUGAUUGAUGAAUUUUGCUUUCUUCCUACUAACACAGGAGAUUUAAGAUUGUAGUUUGUUCAUAUUAGUUUCGGUUGUGUAUGUAGAGCACAUGUUUCACAGCAGACAUUCGUACUCGACUCAGAAUGCUUUAAAAAUAAGACUGAUGCUGAGAUCUUGUCCACCUUGCUCGGUCCAGCUAGCGACAGAAAGCCCCUGCUUCCAUAAAGUUUGUUGUUUCACAUACUUACUCUUUGCAUUAAUAUAUCCAAAUUAUAACUAUUUAUAGGAAUAAUUAAUGGGACAGAUUGGUAUCCUUAUCCACCUUUGUUCCUCAGAGGGGGAUAGGAUUUGUUUUAUUCCCCAGCAUGAGAUCAUAAUCUUUUUUUUUUCUUUAUACUCAUGUGGUUUUAUUUUUGAUCAAUUUUUGGUCAAUGCUCUAAAAGUGUUUAAGGCAUAAUGAUUAUAUUAACCUCAAAAUAUUUAUUAAAAUUGCUUCAGAUUGUUA